AUGGAGGAUAGGGAUGUCAGCCAAGGCAAGGGCAUGAAAACGGUCCGGCAUGGGUUUCCUUACCAGCCCACAGCCUUAGCCUUUGAUCCAGUCCAGAAAAUUUUGGCUAUUGGGACAAGAACAGGUGCUAUACGAAUAUUGGGCAGGCCUGGUGUUGAUUGUUAUUGCCAACAUGAAAGUGGUGCAGCAGUACUGCAGCUUCAGUUCUUAAUCAAUGAGGGUGCUUUGGUCAGUGCAAGCUCAGAUGAAACACUUCAUUUAUGGAACCUUAGGCAGAAACGGCCAGCCAUUCUACAUUCUCUUAAAUUUAACCGAGAACGAAUUACUUACUGUCAUCUACCUUUCCAGAGUAAAUGGCUCUAUGUUGGAACAGAAAGAGGAAAUACACACAUUGUAAAUAUUGAAUCUUUCAUUCUUUCUGGAUAUGUUAUCAUGUGGAACAAAGCUAUUGAACUAUCCACAAAGACUCACCCAGGUCCAGUUGUACAUUUAAGUGAUAGUCCAAGGGACGAAGGGAAACUGUUAAUAGGCUAUGAAAAUGGAACCGUGGUGCUCUGGGACUUGAAAUCAAAAAGAGCAGAGCUGAGAGUUUAUUAUGAUGAGGCUAUUCAUUCAAUUGAUUGGCAUCAUGAGGGCAAACAGUUCAUGUGCAGCCAUUCAGAUGGCAGCUUGACUCUGUGGAACCUGAAAAGUCCAAGCCGUCCUUUCCAGACCACAAUUCCACAUGGAAAAAGUCAGAGAGAUGGAAGAAAACCUGAAUCUUGUAAACCAAUUCUUAAAGCUGAGUACAAGACCUGUAGGAACAGUGAACCAUUCAUCAUCUUUUCUGGUGGACUGGCCUAUGACAAAGCUUGUAGAAGACCAAGUUUGACCAUCAUGCAUGGAAAAUCGAUCACAGUUCUUGAAAUGGAUCACCCUAUUGUUGAGUUUCUAACUCUCUGUGAAACACCCUACCCGAAUGAAUUUCAAGAACCUUAUGCUGUAGUAGUGCUUCUGGAGAAAGAUCUAAUUGUAGUUGACCUGACACAAAGCAAUUUUCCGAUCUUUGAAAAUCCUUAUCCCAUGGACAUUCAUGAAUCACCAGUUACCUGCACAGCGUAUUUUGCUGACUGUCCUCCGGAUUUGAUUCUAGUGCUCUAUUCAAUAGGAGUUAAGCAUAAAAAGCAAGGAUACAGUAAUAAGGAGUGGCCAGUCAGUGGAGGGACCUGGAACAUUGGGGCGCAAACGUAUCCAGAAAUUAUUAUUACAGGUCAUGCAGAUGGAUCAAUAAAGUUUUGGGAUGCUUCUGCAAUAACUCUACAGAUGCUAUACAAGUUAAAAACAUCAAAAGUAUUUGAAAAACAGAAGAUAGGAGAUGGAAAACAAACAUCUGAAAUUGUAGAGGAGGACCCUUAUGCCGUCCAGAUGAUAUAUUGGUGUCCCGAAAGCAGAAUAUUCUGUGUAGCGGGAGUUUCUGCAUAUGUCAUUGUUUACAAAUUCAGCAGGCAUGAAAUUACUACUGAAAUAGUGUCAUUAGAGGUACGACUUCAGUAUGAUGUUGAAGAUAUCAUUACUCCUGAACCAGAAACAAUUCCUCCGUUUCCAGAUCCCUCUUCCCAGCUUCCUUCUUCGAAGAGUCUUUCGGGGAGUACCAGCACUGUAGCAAGUGAAGGAAUGACAAAGGACAGUAUCCCUUGCCUCAGUGUUAAGACACGGCCUGUUCGGAUGCCUCCAGGAUAUCAAGCAGAACUUGUUGUUCAGUUGGUGUGGGUAGAUGGUGAACCUCCACAACAGAUCACUAGUCUCACUGUAAGCUCUGCCUAUGGCAUUGUUGCAUUUGGGAACUGCAAUGGAUUGGCUGUUGUGGAUUUUAUGCAGAAGACAGUGUUGCUAAGCAUGGGAACUAUUGACCUAUACAGAUCAAGCGAUCCAUACCAAAGACAGCCAAGGUCUCCUCGAAAGAACAAGCAGUUCAUUGCAGACAACUUUUGCAUGCGUGGCCUGUCUAACUUUUAUCCAGAUUUAACGAAACGGAUCCGUACUUCCUAUCAGAGUAUGACUGAGCUCACUGAUAGUCCUGUGCCCCUGGAACUUGAGCGCUGCAAGUCUCCCACCUCAGAUCAUGUAAAUGGACACUGUACCAGCCCUACUUCUCAGAGUUGCAGUUCUGGAAAACGUCUUUCUAGUGCUGAUGUUUCAAAAGUAAAUCGCUGGGGCCCUGGAAGACCACCAUUUCGGAAGGCACAGUCAGCUGCUUGCAUGGAGGUUUCUCUACCAGUCACAACAGAAGAAAGCCGAGAAAACUCCUAUAAUCGUUCUAGAAGUUCUAGUAUCUCCAGCAUUGACAAAGACUCUAAAGAAGCAAUUACAGCUUUAUACUUCAUGGAAUCCUUUGCACGGAAAAAUGACAUGACAAUCUCCCCAUGUCUGUGGGUUGGAACUAGUCUGGGUGUGGUGUUAAUGAUCUCCUUUAACCUGCCUUCAACAGAUGAACAAAGGUAUACAGAGCCAGUCCUGGUAUCUCCAAGUGGUACAUUACUGACACUAAAAGGAGCUGUUCUAACAUUCUCCUGUAUGGACCGUCUGGGGGGAUUAAUGCAUCCACCGUAUGAAGUCUGGCGGGACCCAAACAGUGUGGAUGAUAAUGAAAAAGGAAGAAAAAGGAAACUGGUCAUGAAUUCCCCAUCAACUUCCCAGGAAAUGGGAGAUCAUCAGUAUGCAGUUGUCUGCUCAGAAAAACAAGCCAAAGUAUUCUCAUUGCCUUCCCAGACUUGCCUUUAUGUUCAUAACAUCACAGAGACAUCCUUCAUAUUGCAAGCGGCUGUGGUAGUCAUGUGUAACAGUGCCUGUCUGGCCUGCUUCUGUGCCAAUGGCCACAUCAUGAUAAUGAGCCUACCUAGCCUCCGCCCAAUGUUGGAUGUUAAUUAUCUGCCUCUAACAGAUAUGAGGAUAGCACGGACAUUUUGUUUUACCAAUGAAGGGCAAGCAUUAUAUCUCGUCUCUCCCACUGAAAUACAGCGGUUAACUUACAGUCAAGAAAUGUGCGACAAUCUACAGGACAUGCUGGGAGAACUGUUUACUCCAGUAGAAACACCCGAAGCUCAGAACAGAGGCUUCCUCAAGGGACUGUUUGGUGGAAGUGGACAAACAUUUGACAGGGAAGAGUUAUUUGGGGAGGCUUCAGCAGGAAAAGCAUCUAAAAGCCUUGCCCAGCACAUUCCUGGGUCUGGUGGAAUCGAAGGAGUCAAAGGAGCCGCCGGAGGGGUGAUGGGAGAACUGACUCGGGCCCGAAUUGCUCUUGAUGAAAGAGGACAGAGACUGGGUGAACUGGAGGAGAAGACUGCUGGGAUGAUGACCAGCGCUGAAGCAUUUUCCAAACAUGCCCAUGAGUUGAUGCUGAAGUAUAAAGAUAAGAAAUGGUACCAGUUUUAAGGCUGCCACAGAGACUGCAACAGCACUAAGAAUCAUCAUUCAGGGAAAGCUUAUUCCCAGCAUCAGCAUCACCAUUCAACUGCUAGAAGCCACAGUUUCUUCUGUGAAGUGUUUCACGGUGAUUCACCUGAGGUUACUACGAGGGAGACUUAAACAGGGAAGGUUGUCACCCCAAAGACUGGACCCCGGCUUAGAUUGGUCUUCUAGUGUCCAUUCCAAGAUUCUGUUGUAACUGGCCUUCUCCCAAGUGGACUGGAGCUGUCAUCUUGGCAUGUAGUUUUUCUGAGGCAUUCUGUGUAAGAACCACGGGGAGUCUUUCUGGCUAAAAAUAUCCUGUACAAACUAAAACAUUAAUGCACUUAAUAAAAAAACAAAAACCUUUGCA